AUGGCUGAUGAGAACAACCCCCAGGCGGUCGAAGCGACCAAAGUCGAUGAGACGCCCAUCUCUCACCCCAACGCUGCCCGUCGCAACUCACUCGAGAAGCAGCUGGCCCAGCGCCCAGACCGCGCAGAGCUCGUCGAGAAGAACAUCCUGCCGGCUACAACUGCUGCCCCGGCACUUGUCGAAAAGCAGAAGGAGCUCGAGAAGCACAUGCGUGCUGACUCCCUCAACGACAAGAUUGCACACCGGCCGUCCCCGGAAGAACUGAUAAAGAAAGGGGUGCUCAACCCUGAUGAGGAUCCACGGUCACCCGAGGAGAAGUACAAGGAAGCCAUCGAGGACGAGUACGCAAAGCGGGAGGGUGGUGCCUGA